GGGGCUGCGCCAAUUUCGUGGUAACUGGGAGAGUUCCAGGGCCCCUGAAGUGUCAGGUUGCAGUCCUCAGCUGAGGGCCCACUAGAAAAGAGGCGGGAAGUUGAGAAGUGUGUCCGAUUUCAGCAAAGGAGGUUUCAGUCACUGGCUGCGGUAUUGGGAGUAAGGGGUUCAUGUAUGAUCAGCGAUAGAGCGUUUGUGGCGGUCCGUAAUUUCCUGUCCUGUUGUGAUAUCCGCCUGAAGAGCAACAGAAAAUGACUAAGUCUCAGGGGUUUGUGUCAUUCAAGGAUGUGGCUGUGGACUUUACUCAGGAGGAGUGGCAGCAACUGGGCUCUGCUCAAAGAAGCCUGUACAGGGAUGUGAUGCUAGAGACCUAUAGCAACUUUAUUUCCGUGGUGUAUCAGUCUCUGAAGUCAGAUAAAAUAUUGAAGCAAGGAGAACCAUGGAUGGAGGAGGAAGAAAUCUCAAGUUGGACCUAUCCAGCCUUUGAAAUUAGACCCAAAAUGAAAGAAUUAACUCCACAGAAGAUCAUUUCUGAAGAAGUGAUACGUUAUAACAUGAUAGGAUACUCAAUUUUUGAAGACAGGAAACUGAGAGGUGAUGUAAAUCACCAGGAAAACCAAGACAAGUUUCUGAACCAAGGCACAUUCAUUAAUAGUGAGUCAGAGACUAAGGAGCUAGACCUUGAAUGUAAUACACUGGGGAAAGUAUUUCAUCCGAACACAGCAAAUGAAUACAUCACGGCAUUCAUGCACAGUUCACACCACUUUGCACCACCAAAAAUUCUAAUCAUCGAGAAAUAUAAAUGUAUUUGGUGUGGAAAAGCCUUCACUGGAAAGUCAGAACUCAUUGUACAUCAAAGAAUUCAUACUGGGGAGAGACCAUACAAAUGCAAUGAAUGUGGAAAAGCCUUUUCUCAGAAGUCACAUCUCACUGUACAUCAGAGAACUCAUACAGGAGAGAAACCCUAUGAGUGUAGUGAAUGUGGGAAAGCAUUCAUCCAAAAGUCAAGCCUCAUUAUUCAUCAGAGGAAUCACACAGGGGAGAAACCCUAUGAAUGCAGUGAAUGUGGGAAAGCUUUCAUCAAAAAGUCAAGCCUCACUAUUCAUCAGAGGAAUCACACAGGGGAGAAACCCUAUGAAUGCAGUGAAUAUGGGAAAGCUUUCAUCAAAAAGUCACCAUUUAGUGUACAUCAGAGAGUUCAUACUGGGGAGAAACCAUAUGAAUGCAAUCAAUGUGGUAAAGCCUUCGUCUGGCAGUCACAGCUCGUCGUACAUCAGAGAAUUCAUACUGGGGAGAAACCCUAUGCAUGCAGUGAAUGCAGAAAAGCUUUUACCCAAAAAUCACAACUCAUUGUGCAUCAGAGAAUCCAUAGUGGAACUAAACCAUAUGAAUGCAGUGAGUGUGGAAAAGCUUUUACCAUGAAGUCACACCUCACUGUACAUCAUAGAAUACAUAGUGGAGAAAAAGCCUAUGAAUGUAGUGAAUGUAGAAGAGCUUUCAGCAAGAAAUCUACUCUCAUAGUUCAUCAGAGAAUUCAUACAGGAGAAAAACCUUCUGAAUGUAAGGAAUGUGGAAAAGCCUUCAGCCAUACCCCAGCCUUCAUUCAACACCAGAGAAUUCACACUGGAGAGAAACCUUAUGAGUGUAAUGAAUGUGGAAAGGCCUUCAACUGGAGUGCGCAUCUUACCCAACACCAGAAAACUCAUACCAGAGAGAAGCCCUAUGUCGGUAAGGAAUGUGGAAAAACCUUCAGCUGAAGCACACACCUUACUGAACAUCUAAAAAUUCAUUCUGGUGAGAAACCCUAUCGAUGUAAUGAAUGUCAAAAACUAUUCAGCUAUAAAACAUCAUUAAUUCGACAUCAGAGAAUGCAUACAGGAGAGAAACCCUACCAAUGUAUUGAAUGUGAGAAAUCUUUCAGUUUAAGAUCAGCCUUUACUAAACAUAAGUGA